GAUUCUUUCCCCAAGUCCCAGCCGCCUCACACAAGCUUGAUCCGUCGCCGCCGCCAAUCUGGAUCCCUGCCCCUGAGCGCGAGGCGGCGGGCUGAGGUGCCUGCGGAGGACUCAGGCGCAUCAAUGGAGAAGGGGGGCGAAUGGGGGAAGCCGCGGCCGCACGGCAGCACCAAGUUCGAUGAACCAUCCGUCAUUCCGGACUGGGCGUCGCUUCCACCGGAGCUCGUCCAAGGCAUCGCCGACUGCGUACUCUCCACCACCGGCGGUGUCGACGCGUACAUGGACAUGAGGGCCGUCUGCCCCAGCUGGCGCUCCGCCAUCGCCAAGCCAUCUCCACUCGACGCAGUCGCGGAUCUUCGAUUCCGCCCACGGCAUUGGGUCAUGGUCGACCUGAAAUCCGACAGCGACAACGACGACGCCCGCCUCUUCCUCCACGGUCCCACCGGGCGGUUCCGCCAGCUGCGCCUCCCGGUGCUCCGCCACCACAUCCUUGUCGAUGCUUCUGACGGUCUUCUCGUCCUCGCGGACAGGAAGCCCCCGCACUUGGCUCGUGUCCUCAACCCCUUCACAGGUGACAUCAUCCACUUUGACGCAAGUUUCAUGGAUACAAAUACAACAUGGCAUACCGCGGUGAGCGGAGGCUCUCAUUUCACGCUCUUCUUGUGGAGAAGAGGCACCUUGUUUUCUGCUGCUCAAUCCAGCAAUGUAUUCACACAGAAGGACUUUACAAAGGAAAUUGGUAUCUACUUGAUGAGCAUGCUUAGCUUCCAGGGCAACAUAUAUUGUGUCAAUGAAGGUGGAUGUGUAUUCAAGUUUGUCACGCCAGCAGAGCACCUGGCCAUAGCCAAGUGGUCGCCGGAUGCAGAGGGAGACGACAGCGAAUUGCAUUAUCUCGUCGAGUCUUCUGGGGAACUGCUGCUCAUUCGCUAUGUGGACCAAACCAUGAAAGUUUUCAGAGUCGACGUUGAGCACAAGUUGUUGGAGGAGGUCGAGAGCCUCGGCCGCCGUGCGCUGUUCCUCGGUGAAGAGAGGUGUGUGUCUCUUGAUGCAGAUAAGCUUCCGUCUGUUGACGGAGACUGCAUAUACAUGGUAGAUUUUCUGGAUGAGGGUGACAUGUGCGAGUAUAACCUAAGAGGUGGCAUGGUGAAUAUUAUCUGCGGCCAGGAAUCUAUUGAGGAUCGUCCUUUCAGCCUUGUUCAGCAGCUUCUCUUCCGGUACUGUGAUCUCCGUUUCCACUUGUAAAUUAAGGUUAUGAAAACAAACCUAUUCUGGCCUUGAUGCUACUGUCUGCUCCCACCUAAGUACUUGUACGCUUAUUGUAGCUAACAUAUUCAGUUAUCCACGUGGGAACAGUUAUGUAUUAUUUCAGUUAUCUCUUUCAUCGGUCAUAGUUUUGCAUCCGCUCUACUGAUGUUGUUUAU